AUGAUCUCCGUUUCCGGCUCGCCCAUGUGUCUCGCUGUGCUCAGCUGCUGCCUUCUACUGAGCUUCUUGAACAGCGCUGUGGCUUUUGCAGCCCCGAAUCCUGGUUCCAACAUCACCGUCAGCCGAGUCUACCAAACUCGUGGAUCGAGUUCUUCUGUCUCUUCUCUCACCCAUGUGCAAUCAUUGAAGGCUUCGUCGGUCUCCGGAAACAAUGUUGUCACUGUAAACACCCCAGCCCAUCUUGUUGACUCUGCCAAUGCCACACUUAGGCUGGCGAACUACACAGCGGCGACGCCCUCUUUGGAACCCAUAAGCCUUGCAAGCUCACGGGCUAAGGUGAACAAAACCGGUCCUGAAACUGUCACCUACGUCACCAAGGCCAAAGUACAAUUCCCAGCUAACACAACAAGAAGCGCGAUUGUACAGACUUUGGUAUCGCAGUCGCUCAACGCGACGAGCCCUGUUAUUGUACUUUCAACUGCGUAUACUACCAUUUUUCACACGCUGAAGACGGUCGUCAGUAUAGCAACUUCGUCUGAGUAUCAAUCAGCCAAUUCAAGCACUGCCGGUCUAACAAGGUAUUUGUCGAGUCUCUCAUCUAUGCCCCCCGGGUUGGAACUCACGUCCGAGCACAACCCGACUUCAGCCACGAUGGCUUUAUCUUCUGGAUCUGUGAUGACAUAUCCUACGACUGGCCUCCUCAACGGUACAUUGUCUGCUUUCUCCUGGGCGACUCAAGUCUUGACUUCUACCUCUAGCCGACCUAUGACCACGGUCGGGAAAGUCCUGUCGUCUGAAUCUCGGAAAGGAAACGCGACAGUAGUCAGAUCCGUUUGCAUAUCAUGUGCUUCUUCGUCGUUUAUGACUUCGACUGUCAUCUCGGCAUCUGGCGCAGCUUCAACGACAAAAUCUAUCCCGCUUCGGAUCCAUGCCAGCAGCACCCCAAAGAGAACCGAAAGGUCUUCUAUUUCGUCAUCCGGAGCGCUGUCAACCCAAACAGCAACCAGUCAAAACCAGACUAAUGAUGCUACCUCCAUUUCGCCCUCUGGUACAACACUCAGUAGAAGCCGUUCAUCGAGCUCCCACAGGACGAAGACGACGAGUGUCAAAUCGUUGAAUAGAUCCUUGAGAUCGUCCUCAAAGUUUUCCAGAUUCAGUUCAGAACCAGUCACCACUCGAACCCAACCCGUGAAAGUAACUUCAUCUACUACCAACAACCCGACCACCACUCAGACCGUUUCUGCUGGCAAUGACACAAUUUUAGUUCUUCCACUCGCUGCAGUAGUGAGACCUUCCUCUACCCAAAGCACAGGAUCCACGUCCGCAGCGAUACCUACAGCUUUGCCACCCGCCGAUCCUGCCCAGCAUGCCAGGCAUGUCGCCAAACUCGCCGAGAUCCUCGCCCCUUCAAUUGUUGGAGGCACAGGGCUCUCUAUCACAGUUCAAUGGGCGAUCUGGAAUUUUCUUAAGAAAAAAGCCGUGUCGGAAGGUAAAGCUGGGGUCGAAGUCGUCGAGGAGCAAUCCGCCGUAGUACAGACACUUACGAGGGUGAGCAGCGUGUCACGGCUGUCCGAAGAUACCGUGUGGCCGGGAGAUAUAGGAGCAGAUCUUGACCGCGCUGCUGACAUCGAAAACAGCAUUUUGCAGGAAGAGGCUGUGAAUCCCGGGAUUUUGACGAAUGUGCAGGUUGCGCAGAUCGAGGAUGCUGUUACUGCUCCACCUCCCCCACCAGGCCCUCUUCCUGGGGAAGACACAGCCAUUGAAGACCCGCCUUCCACUGGUGAUCCACCUACUGUUGGACCGCCAAAGUUUGGACCUUUUGAAAUAAAGCCUCCAAAAUACGACGACCCAGAAUCGGUCCAGUUUGCUGACACGCUACCGCCAAUGGGGAGACCCGUGAAGGUUCCCGUCAUGGGUGUUGUUCUGGACUACCCUGUCCGCAUUGUUCCCCAGGGAUACAGUUUAUUAUCCUUUGAUGCCAAAAUCUUCUAUGCGAGCAAAUACGGCGAGAACGUCUGGAGUCGCACUCUUGUAUAUGAUAAUGGGAGACCGGCGGCGGUAGGUCCGGACAACAAGCCCCUCAAGCUUCCUCAGGAUCUCAAGUUGGACUCUGCGGGCAAUGUUGUCAGUUACAAGGGCCUUACUGUUAAAGAUUUGGAAACAUUCGGUUUCCCGAAGGACGGUACAUGGCGGGCACAGCAGGCCAAGCUAGACGAGAUCAAGAAGCUCUUGUAUCGAUACGAAAAGAAAAUCAAGGUAGAUAGAGCCGAGCAAGAGCGCAUCAAGCAGGAGCAAGAAGAGUACAAGCAUCAAAAACACAUGGCCAGGAUCAAGAAGAUGGAAGAAGGUUUAGAGAAGGUACGGAAAACGAAGGAAGACCGGAAGGAGGCUGAGAAAGAGGCCAAAGAUGAAGCUGACCAGAAGGCCAAAGAAGAGGCAGACAGAAAGGCCAAGGAGGAAGCUGAUCGUAAGGCCAAAGAAGAGGCAGGCAGAAAGGCCAAGGAGGAAGCAGAGGCAGAUAGGAAAGCCAAAGAGGACUCUGACCGGAAAUCCAAAGAGGAGGCUGACCGGAAAGCCAAAGAGGAAUCCGACCGGAAGGCGAAAGAGGAAUCCGACCGAAGAGCGAAAGAGGAAGCUAAUCGAAAGGCCGAAGAAGAGGAAAAGCGAAAAGCGGAAGAAGAAGCUGACCAGAAGGCCAAGGAGGAAAAGGACAAGGAGACCGAUGACCGUGACGACCCCAACACAGGCAAAUGGAAGCACAAGUCUUACUGCGGGUCCAGCACUCCACCCUCUCAGCAUCUUACAUGCUAA